UGUCAGAGGACGCAACAAAAUUUCUGAUGAAAACAAUGUAAACGUUUAUGUAUACGGUUUAUUGAAUUGUUUGGUAAAUAAGGGGUUGAGGAAGAUGUCGAGGUUUUCGUGGACUGAUCAGCGAGGGGGUGGACACUCCCGUUACGGACAGUCAGGAGACCCAGCCCCCGGCAACUCCCACGAUCGUCGUCACAACGGCGUCGGUCACCCCCGUGGCGGAGGUCGAGGUCGAGGUCGCGGUGGUCACCCACCCGGUCUAAAAGGCAAGGAAAUAGGUUUAUAUUACCGCGACAAAGCCCGUAAAAACGAUGCAAAAGAGCACUACUUCUCCCUCGCCCCGAUGGUCGAGGAGACCGUGGAGACCCUCCUGACCCGCUUGAAAACCCCCUACGCCCAGGAGUCCGACUCGCCGGACGAGGCGACCGACUACUUCAACGACAAAUACAACCACAUCAAAGAUUCCCAAUUCAAGCGAAAGUUUCUCGACAUUGUUUCCGGGAGUAUUCAACAGAACCUGUCUCGCGCGUUAUUAAUGACUUCAAAACUGAUAAAAAACGAUAAAAUCGACAAACAAUUAAUAGACGAACAAAGCGACCGAGAAUCUCUCGAUGAUUAUCAACGAAUGUUGGACUUUCGUUCGAAAUUGCCGUCCUACAAAAUGCGUGAGGAAAUUCUCGAUCUGAUCCACGGAAAUCAGGUUCUCGUGAUCAGCGGUGAGACGGGUUGCGGUAAAACGACGCAAGUAGCUCAAUUUAUCCUAGACGAUGAGAUUGAGAGGGGCCGGGGUAGCACGACGAAAAUCGUGUGCACGCAGCCGCGAAGAAUAUCCGCGAUUUCGGUGGCCGAGAGAGUGGCCGCAGAGCGUGCUGAGCCCUUAGGUAGAUCCGUCGGUUACCAAAUACGUCUGGAGAAGGUCAUGUCCAGGGAUUACGGUAGCAUGCUCUUCUGCACGACUGGGCUCCUUCUCCAGUACAUGCAGGGGGAUCCCGCAUUGCGGGACUUCUCCCACAUAAUCCUCGACGAAAUACACGAGCGAAACACAGAGAGCGACUUCAUAAUCACUCUCUUGAAGCAGGUCAUCCCCAAACGGCCAGACCUCAAAGUCAUCCUGAUGAGCGCUACCCUGAACUCUGAGACUUUUGCUCGUUACUACGACAACUGUCCCAACAUCCACAUCCCAGGGUUCACCUAUCCCGUCAGGGAGUUCUACCUCGAGGACAUCCUCGAGGUGACGAGGUUCCGAUUCCCUCCGGCUCAGAAGCUCCCUGACAACUACAAGAAGCAUAUGAAGAAGUUCAAGGAGAUGAAGGAAAAGGCGAGUGAUUUCGAGGGUUUCGUUGAGCCCGCGGUGAGGCAGAUGGAGGCCGAGGGGUCGUACCCCCCUUACGUGACCAAUGAGCUGCGAAAUCCGAACAGCGAAGUGCUGUCGUUGGAGUUGAUUCAGGAACUUUUGGUGUGGAUUUCGUCGGCGAAAGGCCCCGGGGCCAUUCUCGUGUUUCUACCGGGGAUGAUGGACAUAUCGAAGCUUAACAAGAGUCUCCUGGAGUCGGGAAAGUUCCCCUCCCACAGGUUCCACAUUUACCCCCUUCACUCGCGACUUCCGACAGUCGAUCAGCGACUGAUUUUCCGACCUCCGGUGCCGGGUGUCAGGAAGAUUAUCAUUGCGACGUCAAUCGCCGAGACGUCCAUCACUAUCGAGGAUGUUGUGUUCGUCGUGGAUUGCGGGCGAACGAAACUCACGAGAUUCGAUAUCGCGAAGAACUUGGAGACACUAGAGCCCGAGUGGAUCUCGAUGGCGAAUGCCAAGCAGAGGAGGGGGAGGGCUGGGAGGGUUCAGCCUGGAGAGGUUUACAGGUUGUACACGAGAGCGAGGGAGAUGACGUUCGAUCAAUACCCGACGCCGGAGAUGUUGAGGACACCUCUGGAGCAGGUCAUCCUGCAAGCGAAGAUAUUGCAGUUAGGAAGGGUCGAGGUCUUCCUCGGGAGUGUGAUCGAUCCGCCGGAGGAUCGGGCGAUUCACCUCUCCUUGGAGCUACUGAGAACCCUUAACGCUCUCGAUGCUAAUGAGCACCUGACGCCUCUGGGGUACCAUCUCGCGAAGCUACCUCUUGACCCCAGAACGGGGAAGAUGGUCCUGUGGGCGUCCAUGUUCUCCUGUGUGGAGCCUGUCUUCGGGAUUGCUGCUAGUCUGGCUUUUAAGGAUGCUUUCUACUGCCCUCUCGGGAAGGAGGAGGAGGCGAACAGAGCCAAGUUGGAUCUCGGGAUGGGACAUUACAGCGAUCACAUUGCACUCGCUGAAGCUGUGAGGCAGUACGAGAGGGCUUUGCGAUCCAGAAACGCCGGGAGGUUUUGCUCGGAGAACUUCUUGUCGUGGAAUACUCUGAAGCUGCUGGUGGACAUGAAGGGGCAGUUUGCGAGGCACUUGUAUGACAUGAAGUUCCUGGAGAGUGAGGACCCCAGUGACGAGCGGUCCAACAGGAAUUCUCAUAACUUCGCGAUGAUCAAGGCGAUUGUCUGCGCAGGAUUGUAUCCUAAUAUUGCUACUGUCAAGAAUCAUGGGAACUUUCCGAAGCUCAAGACGUCUGAGGAUGGUACAGUCAAGAUUCAUCCUAGUAGUGUCAAUGCAAGGGCCAAACACUUGCCUUCGCCGUAUGUCACGUACUUCCUCAAGCAAAAGUCAACGGCUAUUUAUUUGCACGACACAACCUGUGUCAAUGAAGCAGCACUGAUUUUCGCUGCACCGAAGAGCUCCAUCAGAGCUCAAGGCCAGAGGUCUUUGAUUGUGCUUAAUGAUUCUAUCUCGUUUCUGUGCAAACAGACGACUGCUGGCAUCAUUCAGAGGCUCAGGGAGGAGAUGGAUAAAUUGCUGGAGCACAAGAUUACGCAUCCGGGGAGUAUUAAGGAGCAGUCGCAGGAGGAUACUGUGAUAAGGGCGAUUAUUGAACUUGUCUCGGAGAGUGAUGCUAGUGUUGACUUGGAUGUUGGGAGGUAUCGUCGUACGAAUUAUUGAUCUUGGCGGGGUUCGAUUGAUGGGGGAGUGAUGGGGACGUGAGGAAUCAAUUUCAACUGGAGAUGAACUGAUGAGAGAGUUUUGCGAGUGGAACGAAUCGUUGGAUGGUGAAUUGUCUUGGUGGUGAGUGCUUUUUAGUGAAACUAUAAACUGAAUUUUUAUUGGAAAUAUUCGUAGCUGCAGAACAGGUCAUUGGCGUUUUCUUCUAGAAUGAAUUUGUUGUUAAGAUGAGUGGAUAAUUAAUGAAGAUAUCAAGAUUGAUUGGUCAAUUUCUUUCGAGGAUAGUUGAGCAGGAUUUCAUAAUAAUUUUGGUCGUCUCUCGUGAAUUCCGGAAUGAUUAGGGAAAACUAAAGGCAGAAUUUUCCGAGUGGUAGAAUUAUUAAAAAAUGUGGAAUAAUUGCGUAUAUUCGAAAAAUAAAUAAUAUUAAUUUAA